GGAAGCGUACGUUACCAGUUCCGCUCGCGCACCUCGUGUUUCGUUAGUCUAAACUGCAAUUAUUUGUCGGGUUUUUGCUAUAGUAGACGGGUUAACUAUGGAGGAGUCGUGUUUCCUGGUGGGUGUAGGCUGUUAGAAGUGAGCAAGCUGCUUCCAAGAAUCGCAUCAACGAGGAAUCUGAGGGUUUUCUCUGAGCACUGCAGUUUCCUCCUCAUCCUAAAGAAGUGCACGUUGGGUAAAUUGGCUCAGUCAGAGAAGAAGAACCUGCCGUUUACUGUAGCACAAACAUGGCUGUGACAGAAGAGGCGUGCCAAGCUGAUAUGAGUACCAUGAAGAAAAUGAGAGCAAAUAUGAAGGAGGAGGAGGACAAUUUACAAAAGAUUUGUGGCCUCUUUCCAUGUUCUCUUCCUCAGACCUCUCUUCAGUACAGACUGCACCAGAUGCAACAUGAUAAAAAGCUGAAGAAAUCAACUUUUGGAUCAGAGAAAUUCACACUGGACUCUUUCCAGUACAGUUCCUUGCCCAUUCCAAAUUUUACAGGAAUGGCCAUUAACACUCAACAACAGGUGCACAAUACAAAUUCUCUGGCUUUAUGUCUCUACCAAGAUAUGAGGAAAAGUUUUAUUCACAAAUCUGGCUUCAGGGAUGAUCUCUGUAUUGAUAUGAGACAGAAGCCUUACCGCUGUUCUGAAUGUGGCAAACAGUUUUCACACAAGAGCAGUCUUCAGAGUCACACAAAAAUACACACUGGAGAGAACCUGUAUUACUGUUCAGAGUGUGGCAAACCAUUCUCACGAAUGAGCCAUCUUCAGGACCACUCAAGAAUUCACACUGGAGAGAAGCCGUUCGGCUGUUCUGAAUGUGGUAAACAGUUUUCACAAAUGAGGUAUCUUCACAGCCAUAAAAGAACUCACACAGGUGAAAAGCCAUAUUCAUGUUCUGAAUGUGAGAAACGGUUUGCUGACAGGAAAAGUUUUCGGAGUCAUACAAGAACUCACACUGGAGAGAAGCCAUAUGGUUGUUUUGAAUGUGGCAAACGAUUCUCUGACAGGAAAGGUUUCCGGUGUCAUAUAAGAACUCACACUGGAGAGAAGCCAUAUUGUUGUACUGAAUGUAGCAAGCGAUUCUCGGACAGGAAGAGUUUUCGGAAUCAUACAAGAACUCAUACUGGAGAAAAGCCACAUGGCUGUGAAGAAUGUGGCAAAAGAUUCUCGGACAGGAAAAGCCUUCGGAGGCACACAAGAGUCCACACUGGAGAGAAGCCGUAUGGUUGUGAGGAAUGUGGGAAACGGUUCUCUGACAGGAAAGGUCUUCAGAGGCACACAAGAAUUCACACUGGAGAGAAGCCAUAUUCUUGUGAGGAAUGUGGCAAAAGGUUCUCUGACAGGAAAGGUCUUCAGAGACACACAAGAAUUCACACCGGAGAGAAGCCCUAUUCUUGCUCUGAAUGUGGCAAAAAGUUCUCAGACAGGAAAAGUUUUCGGAAUCACACAAAUUCACACCAGAGAGAAUCUCUGUUGCUGUGUGGCAAAUUAUUUUCUGAAGCGAACAAUCUUUAAACACACACUAUGAUUCAAAUUUGAGACCUAGGAGGAAAGAAGGAAUAAGUGAUGAUGUAAUCAUUAUGUCUUAAUGAGUGUCUUCAAGUGAAAUGGUUUAUUGCAUAAUCUUUAAACCAAGCCUAUUCAAAGAGGAAAUUAAUAGUAUUAAAGGAUCCUAGGGAGAAACUUGCUCUGAAAGUAUACCAGGGAAAAAUGGUGUUGACCACCAUCUCUGCUGGAGCGUCAGUCAUGGUUAUGACGAUCCAAGUAUAAUAUAACACACUCUCCAGGGGGACAACAUAAACCCAAAGAAUCACCAAAACUUUCUUAAUUGAAAGAAAUCUGAAACAAAUCUGCGCAUUGCAGACAAAAGGAACCCAUGAUGUCUUACAAAAUCCCAACACGUCCCUGAGUGAUUAGUAUAGAUGUGUUCAGUAAUGCUGGAAAAGACUUGCUACUUGUUGUUGAUGACUUCUGUGAUUUUUUGAGAAGUGGAGCUUUUCUUUGACCCAAGUAUGGAAACAACCAUCAGACACUGCAAGGUGGAGCUUGCCAGAUACAAGCUACCAGACCGGGUCUUCUCCAACGAGGGCCCUCAGCAUAGGUGUAUAUACAUAGAUUCUAUGUUCGCUUCAGCCUGGCACAUCUACAGUGCUGCUGUCUUGAAGCUGUCAACUUUUCAUUUAAAAGGUGCAUACAAAAUGUGGAUUUUUUUGUUAACCUGUUACAAUUGCAGAAGACCACAAAACUGCACAGCCGAUGGAUGUGAUGCAAGGAGAAACCUGCAGACAAGGCAGAAAGGGGUCACACUUCGACUGAGAGCUCUUAUGUGUGCUUUCAUUUUAUUACUAGUUUGUAUUCUCUAUACAAAAUAUGGAUUUUUUUUUUUUUCAAAUAUGCGAAUUUUACAGAAUGCCUUAAAACUGCACAGCCAAUGGAUGUGAUGUAAGGAGAAACCUGCAGACAAGGCUGAAAGGGAUCACACCUCACCACUGAGAGCUGUCUUUCAUUUUAUUACUAGUUUGUAUUUUCUACUACAAGUAUUCCCUAGUUUAGUUGUGUAGUGUAAUCUGUCAGACUGAAAGUAGAAAGAAACAACACUAUUUGUAUUUUGACUAGUGUAAAAUUAUUAAUGAACUAUUUAAGAUUUGUUUGCCUGUAUGAAUAUAUAGUCAUAUUUUAGGUUUUAGUUUUCAAGUCCUUAUACAGCAGCACAAAAUAUUAUCGGCACCCAGCUGCCUUCUGUCCAGAAUAUACAGUAUAUAAAAUACACACACGUGCUGCCUUAGAAAAAUGAACAGUAUUAUUAAAAACCUUAAGCAUUACGCAUGAUUCCUCACCUCUGUCCUCCCUUCUGGACCAUUGGCAGUCGCACCAGUAGAUUCAAAGACCAGGUUCUAACCUGAGGUCAUAAGGUUAUUGAACAGUCCAGCUUAGCAACAAAUGCUGGACGUGUAUAUGUUGCAUCUGUUGUAUGUGCGUGUGUGUAUGCAUAUGCAUAUGUGUGUGUGUGUGUAUAUAUAUAUAUAUAUAUAUAUAUAUAUAUAUAUAUAUAUAUAAUAUAUAUAAUAUACACACACACACACAAACACGAGAGGGUACCCAAAAGUAACAGGAAUUGGGUUGUAAUAAUUUUUGCUUAAAACUUUAGUCUCCUUCAAAGUCUCCAUGUGAAUGAAUGCACUAGUCCCAACAGUUUUCCCACUGGUGGAAACAUUUUUGUAAUUGCUGAAGAGGAGUGUUGUCCAAUGCCUGCAGUGAUUUUUUUUGUUUGAAUUCCUUCAUGGUACAAAAACACUUUCCUUUGAGUUGUGUUUUUUCACAUGCGGGAUAAAAGAAAAAGUUGCACUGAGCAAAGAUCAGGCGAGUAGGGAAGAAAUCUCUUCAGUAGUCCAAUGACGAUUUUUGUAAAUUGCAUUGUGAACUUUUUCAAGCUAUUCUUCAUUCCUAAUUGUGGAAGGUCGGCCAGAUCUUGGUUGGUCUUCAAGUGACAUUUCCCCUCGUUUGAAACACGAAAACCAUUCGUUGACCUGUAUUUUAUUUAAAGCUUCCUCUUUAGAAGCAACUUUAAGCAUCACUGCAGUUUCAGCAGCUGUUUUCCCUAAGAGAUAACAAAAUUUAACGCAAACUCACUGUUCUUUAUGAUCACCCAUCACAAAAAUCACAGAACAUUUUAACAAGCACCAAGAAAAACGGACACGGAAUGCCGUACGUACAUUGCAGAGCAAUGUCACUUGGCAGACUGUCACAGAAUACUGUAAGUGUGCUACACCUAGCCGUGCAAUUUGCAACGAAGUUGAGAUUGAACAUCAGGUACACAUUCCAGUUAUUUUUGAGUACCCCCUUGUGUAUAUUUUUUACAUAUAUAGUGUAUAUUAUGUAUAUAUGGUACAUUGUAUUGUAUACUUUGUGAGCGUGUGUGCGCUUUGCCCCUUCAUUUAAUAAUGUCACUAUUCUGAGGAGGCAUAAUCAAAACUUUCAUUGUGUUAUAUGCACAUGAUGAACUUGAGUUGUGUGCUCCAUUUUACAGUGACAUUAUUUAUACUUUAAUAUUAUCAAUAUUGGCAGAAUUAUAUUGUUUUUAGUGAUAUUCAUGCAGUUUGGAAUUGUUUUCUAAGGUUUGGAACUGUGUGAAAAUAAUUAAUGUAACCUCCUCUAUUAUUGAGUAAAAUAACUGUACAUUUAAAUAAAAUAAAUCAGACACCAAAAAGUA